AAGUUCCUAUAACCUAUAGUUUUAAUUUGUCUUGGAACAUUGAUUCAUAUUGUGCAAUAUCAUGGGUAGGUCACCAUGUUGUGAUGAAAUUGGUGUGAAGAAAGGGCCAUGGACAGAAGAAGAAGAUGAGAAGCUGGUUGAUUAUAUCAACAAACAUGGCCAUGGAAAUUGGGGAACACUUUCAAAACGUGCUGGUUUGAAUAGGUGUGGGAAGAGCUGUAGGUUAAGGUGGACAAAUUAUUUGAGACCUGAUAUUAAGAGAGGAAAAUUCACUGAUGAAGAAGAAAGAAUCAUCGUGAAUCUUCAUUCAGUACUCGGAAACAAGUGGUCUAAGAUUGCUGCACAUCUUCCCGGACGAACAGAUAACGAGAUAAAGAAUUUUUGGAACACAAACAUGAGGAAAAAGCUUUUGAAAAUGGGAAUUGAUCCUGGAACUCAUAAGCCAAGAACUGAUUAUAACCAUCUCAUGAGUAUUUCCAACUUACUUGGAAUGUCAAAUAUAGGCAAUACUUUUAGCAACAACCCUAUUGGUUUUCAGCCAGAUAUUACUCACAUAGCCAAAAUGCAAUUGUUGCAAAACAUGUUACAAAUUAUGAACACCAAUAAUUCAUUUGCUAUGAACCCUUAUAGCUCUUUAGGAAAUAUUAUUCCUAAUCUUAAUCCGUUCAAUGUGCUUUUGAAUGGAGCAAACACAACUCAAACUAAGGAGUCAUUAGGUUUGAAUAAUGGUGGUGAAGAAUAUGCUAUGAACCCUAGUCUAUACUCUCAUGGACUAAUAAGUGAGUUUUCUAAGCAAGAUAUUUCAAAUGGUGGAUCAAAUUUACAAUAUCUUGAUUAUAGCAAAAUGAGAAGCAUUUCAUGUGAAAAUAAUCAAGAAGAAAAUCCACUUCCUGCUUUGGUUGCUUCCUCUCCUAAAACAACUUUCAAUCAAGUGGAAAGUGACUUUAAGAAAGCUCAAAUGUCCAUUCAAUCACCUUCAAACAUAAUCUUUGACGAUUGGGAGAAGUUCAUUGAUGAAUCAAGUGACUCCUACUGGAAAGAGCUUCUAGACUUGACAUGCACUUCUCCAUCAAAAAUUCCAUGGUAGAGAAGAAUCAUUGAUUAUCUUUGAGGAAAGUCCCAUCAACACAUAGUUAAAGAAAUUCAUCUAUUUUGAUUCAUUAAUUCAGAUACAGCUUUUAUAUGUGUAGAUUCAUUUUUAAGUUUAUACUUGGGAUGUAAUGAUUAUGUUUACUGUAUUUUAUGUUGUACAAAAUGAAAAGGCACACAUGCAUAAAUACUUUUGUAUUUAAAGUUACAAAUCAUAUUUCUCGUAGUUAUAUGCUCUAUAUUGCAUCAAAUAAACUUUUGUAAUAAUUAUUACAAUUAUAAAUAUUUUUUG